UUUUUCUCCUUCGUGUCUCACUUUCCAUUGGCUAAAAACUCUGCUUAACCGCCAGUGAUUGGCUGUAUGUCAAAUAAGCCCCGCCUCUUUAUCCAGAACUCUAAAACCAAAAUCAGAGUGCCAACGCGGACCGACGCGCCUUGAACUCAUCACGGCGAGAGGAGAGCAGAAGGAGCAGUGAGGAGCUGAACGACUGGACGCGGAGAGAAGCCAUGAUGCUGCUGGGUCCUGUCGCCGUCCUCUGCAUCCUGGCCGCCACAGCCGUUUCUGUCCCCCCCCAGGAGAAGCGGGUCCAUCACCAGCCCGACCUCAGCAGCCACGUCCACGACGAUGCCCACGGCUACCAGUACGACCACGAGGCCUUCCUGGGCAAGGAAGAGGCCAAGACGUUUGACCAGCUGACCCCGGAGGAGAGCAAGGCCAGACUAGCGAAGAUCGUGGACCGCAUAGACACUGAUAAGGACGGCUUCAUCAGCCACGCCGAGCUGCACUACUGGAUCAAACACAGACAGAGGAGGUACAUCGAAGACAACGUGAACAAACACUGGAAGGACUACGACAAGAACCACGAUGACAAGAUCGCCUGGGAGGAGUACAAGAACACCACCUACGGCUUCUACCUGGGAGAGGACUUUGAUGACGUAGAAGACAAGGCCACUUAUAAAGCCAUGCUUGCCCGAGACGAAAGACGUUUCAAGGCAGCUGACCGAGAUGCUGACGGGAUUGCCACGCGGAGCGAGUUCACCGCCUUCCUUCAUCCGGAGGAGUUUGAUCACAUGAAAGACGUAGUAGUUCAGGAAACCAUUGAAGACAUCGACAAGAACAAAGAUGGAAAGAUCAACAUUGAUGAGUACAUCGGUGAUAUGUACACACCGGAGGAUGGAGAGAACGAACCUGAAUGGGUCCAUACAGAGAAGAAGCACUUCUCAGAGUUCAGGGACACCAACAAGGAUGGGUAUCUGGAUGCUGGUGAGGUGGCCCACUGGAUUCUCCCAGGAGAGGUUGACCAUGCUGACAACGAGGCCAAACACCUGAUCCACGAGACGGACGCGGACAAGGACGGGAAAGUCACCAAGAAGGAGAUUCUGGCCAACUGGAACAUGUUUGUGGGCAGUCAGGCCACAAACUAUGGAGAAGAUCUAACAAAGAAGCACGACGAGCUUUGAUGAGCCGGCAGGAUUCAAGACAAAUGUCUUUGGGUCUGUGGUCCACCAAAGGUUUUCAGGGGAAGGGUCUGUUUAACCACACAGUAGUUUUGGACCAAGAGCUGAGCGCUGCACCAGAAAUCUCCACAUCUCCAGGUUACAGUGACAAUGUUCACGUUGGGUUUGUUCCAGCAGCUCCAGCUCUUGGUCCUGAUCGAGCAUGACUGUAUUCAUGCACAAUCUGUCAGGAACCAGGACACAGUCCAGCAUGAAUCCAGCUCAACACAACAUUUCAUGGUUUUGAAGGAGAAGCGCCACAGCAGGAACACAGUGAAGUUCCACCUUCAUCCGGUCAGCCGUUCCUCUGGCCUCAGGCCGGCUCUGUGUCAUGUGACUGUUUGCACACGCUCAGUGUUCACUCCCCUCUGGAGAUGCUCACAUUCUGUUUGUGAGUUCAGCUGAGACUCUUCUCCUCCCUGUCGUCACACGUCAACACUCCAAAGUUGAAGCUGCACUGAACUCUGCAUUUGGUCCAAAUCUUCUCAGUUCUCCAUCUUUGCUGUCCAACCUGAACCAAAGAGGAGCUUUGUUACACGUUGAAAUAUUAAAAGUUGGGCUUUUCUACAAAUCUA